UACUCCGUACUCGUCUACUGAGUACCGACUACUGAGUAGUUAAGUUCCCCAAAACGAGAAAAAGUGUAAAGCAGUUGGGUAGUAGGAGGACCCCAGUAAAGGCAAGAGGUUAUCUGAAUGUGAUAAAUUCCACCCAUAAGUCGUUCUCUACCGCGUGCUGGUGCUUAUACAACAUGCAAACCAUUCUUCAACUGUUCCUCAUCUUCUCCAAAUAACCCCACUCACUCAAGUCUCAAGAUUUUCCAUUUCACUGAAUCAAUGCAUUUGAGUCACUCAGCUGCCACCAAUUUCGUGUAGGUUCAGAACAUUAAUUUAAAUGGCCACUAUAUCCAUAGCAGCAGGGCAUUGUGCUAGAGGAAGGGAAGUUGAUGAACUUUUUCACACUAAAUCAAGCUCAUACUUUGGCGAUGGCAAUGACAAGGAGGUUGUUCUUGCUAGUAAUUUUCUUAAAGGUAAAAUCAUGAGCCUAAAUAUGUGUGUGUUACGGCCCUUGGAACGCUCUAUGGUUAGGAGAAACAGAAAAAGGAUGAACAUUGUUGCCAAAGUUAAGAAAGGCAAGAGUCAUGACUACCCUUGGCCGGAUGACAUUGAUCCUAAUUUAACGAGUGGACAUUUGAAGUACCUCUCACACUUCAAGCCUUUGGAGGAUAAACCGAAACCUGUGACACUUGCGUUUGAGAAACCCUUGGUUGAUCUCGAGCUAAAGAUCAUUGAGGUACGUAGAAUGGCAGACGAAACUGGUCUAGAUUUCAGUGGUCAAAUCAGUGCUUUGGAGUCCAAGUAUCAACAGGCUUUAAAAGAUCUGUACACCCAUUUGACACCAAUUCAACGCUUGAAUAUCGCUAGACAUCCCAACAGACCAACUGUCCUAGAUCAUGUUCUAAACAUCACAGAAAAGUGGGUUGAACUCCAUGGAGAUCGUGCAGGCUAUGAUGACCCAGCUAUAGUAACUGGUAUAGGGAGCAUCAAUGGUAGAAGCUAUCUGUUCAUCGGGCAUCAAAAGGGAAGAAAUACAAAGGAGAACAUUUAUCGUAACUUUGCUAUGCCAACUCCUCAUGGGUAUAGGAAGGCUUUGCGCAUGAUGAAGUAUGCCGAUCAUCAUGGUUUUCCCAUAAUUACACUUAUUGACACACCGGGAGCUUAUGCUGAUCUCAAAUCAGAGGAACUUGGUCAAGGUGAAGCUAUUGCUCAAAACAUUAGGUCAAUGUUUGGACUGAGAGUACCUAUUAUAACAAUAGUAACUGGUGAAGGUGGUUCUGGUGGAGCUCUUGCCAUUGGCUGCUGCAAUAAAUUGUUUAUGCUUGAGAAUGCUGCUUUCUAUGUUGCUAGCCCUGAAGCAUGCGCUGCAAUAUUAUGGAAAUCAGCCCAAGCAGCUCCAAAGGCUGCUGAAAAGCUGAGGAUAACAGCCAAAGAACACCUCCGGCUUAAAAUUGCUGAUGCUAUCAUUCCUGAGCCGCUUGGAGGAGCACAUUCUGAUCCUAUUUGGACAUCUCAGCAGAUAAAGACUGCCAUUCUACAAGCUAUGGAGGAACUGGGUAAGAUGAGUACAGAGGAAUUGCUUCAACAUCGUAUGCUCAAAUUCCGUCAUAUUGGCGGAUUUCAAGAAGGCAUCCCAAUUGAUCCAAAGAGGAAAAGAAAGAUGAAACCUUCAGAGGUUAAUGUGACAACAUUUUCUGAUAUAGAGACUGAACUUGAGAACUUAAAAAAGAUGAUUCUAGAAACAAAAGGAUCAGAUGAACAAACGGCCUUAACAAUGGAAAAGCUACAAGCAGAUGUUGACAAAGAGAUGACAAAAGCGUUUGUAUCCAUGGGCUUACAAGGGGAACUUGAAUCACUCAAUUUAGAGUUAGCUAAAUCUUCAGACCCGCUUUUGAGCCUUGCUUUAAGGGAAAAAGCAGAUAGACUGAUGCAAGAAUUCAAGCUUAAACUGUCUAAACCAGGUGAGUUUAUGGGGUUAAAAGAGAAGCUAGCAAAGCUUGAAACAGUAAAUAGACUCUUAGACUUCAAGGUAAAAGGUGAAAAGAUAAAAGCAGACAUCAAUGAGAAAGUACCGGAAACCGUUAAGGAGAAGUUGUUGCUGCUAAAAACUGCUCAAGAAAAACUACUACAAGGCGAAGAGAUAGAUAAGGAAAUAAUAGAAGAAAUAGAGACUGCAAAAAAAGAACUUGAGGAGGUUUUGAAAUCAUCUAACUUGGAGAUUGUUGGUACGACAAAGCGAGUUGAAAGAAGUUCUUAUGAUAUGAACAUGAACAAGAAUCUUUCAGUGUUGAACGGUGAGAUAAAUGCACAAAUCGAAAGGGCUAUAGAUGAGGCAGGUCUUCGAGAGAAAAUAGAGGAACUGAAGACAGAGAUUGCUGAAAACUCGAGCUUGGAAAAGGUGGAAAGAUUACAGGACGAAAUAAAGGAGAAAAUUGUAGCUAUUAUGAACGUUGAAUCUUUGAAAGUGAAGGUUGAUAAUCUGAGAAACGAGUUGGCGUCUUCUCCACAUGAAGUUUUUCAAGGUGACAUUGGUGCAUAUAAUGGAAGACCAUGAUUAGAAAACCUAAGAGUUUGUGUAAAUAUAAUGUCAAAGAUAAUUUGGAUUAUUGUGAACUAUAAGAAUUCCAACUAGUUUUGUGUAAAUUUAUACUUCUAUUCUAAUCUUUCAUUGAAUGUUUGAGAGCGACUUA